GUGAAAUGGCUAGUUCCAGAAUGGCAUCGAGAUGUGUUAGCAUAACGGUGAUAACCGUCGUGAUACUAUCAAUGGUAUCCCUAGGGCUGUGUAAACCAUUCCUCGGCGAUAUCCUAGCCAGAGCGAUCACCUCAUCCUCUACACCCGACGAUCCUCAAUCACACAUCAGUGAUUUUAGAAUGACCUCCAAAAUGGAUACAUUAGCGGCCAAGCUCAAGCUGGAAGAUUCGAAUGCCGUUGUGUCCAAAAACCAAUCGAAGCCGUCACUAAACGAAACGCUAAACGAAGAGAGUGAAGAGCCAAGUUCAGGCGAGUCUCCCGAAGAGUUUCUUACCCCUCCCAUUCCUACCAGCUCCUAUUGGUCAGCCCCGUGGAAUAGGACGGAAGUGUUGGCACGGUUCAUUGACAACUUUGUUCGACCGGUACAGCAAAGCAUAUCUUUAGCCUUCGAACGCUUAGUAUCGCGCAAUCCUUUCAACACCGCUCCCAAGAGUCAGGAAGAUACGAUCGUGGCUCCGCGCAAAGCAGCAACGAGUGAUGUAGAACAUGUUCUGAAAUCGCUCUCGGUCAAUGACACAGAUGAGCUCGGUUUAGAACUGGUGGCACUGGACGAGGGCAUCGUCGCCGCGCUUAUCGACCCAUCAGUGAACGGUAGCACACUUGUCAGCCAGCUGCAGGCACGUCGGCAUAUGAUUAGACGGCGGGUGGCGAAGGCACUGUCCUCCAUUACGGGGCUACUUAUACUGGCAGCAAACACUCGCCGAGAAUCAAAGUCCCGCAAUAGACGCUCGAUGGAGAUCACCGGUAGCGAGGAGCUUGAGGGCAGCGGCACCAUUCCUGAUAUUUACAAUGAGAUAUCGACCGGUGACAACGAUGAUUCACAGAGCUUUGAAGAUCCACUGCAAGACGAACCAUUCCAAGGAAGCAACCGUACCGACGCGGGAGUCCCUCGGCGAAACGUAGAAGCGUUUGGCAUAUUCAUACUGGAAGUGUUUGGCUCGAUUGCGGGCUUUUCGUGGGGCAUUUUUAAGCAAGUACAGUCACUGUUCUGGUAA